AUGUUCUCCGAUAGGAAGUCCACGGCAGUUAGUCAGAGCUGGUUCUUAAAAUAUAGUAAUCAUAUCAUGAUGUUGACCACAUCCUCUCAACGUGUUACGACCUCAGCUGCUUCUCAAGAAAACAUCCGAUGGGAUGCGAGCUUAAUCUCCCUUUCUCCUCCAAAUGUUAGAAGCAGGCUGCACGGCUAUGUCUGUCAAGGAAGAGUUAGCGGUUUCAGAAGAUGUAGGUUGGUGUAUCGUAUUCCGCGAGCCUGGCAAAGACUGUCCCGCUACUAUAAGCUGACUGAUAACAAUGGAGUGAUCUCAUUCGUCCAACGGUUUAUUGACUAG